AUGUUCUGGUCCAUCCAUCGCUGUUUACAGUGCGUCAUUUUGUCGACCAGGGUCGAAAACCCACGCGUGUCGAACUUUGACGCGUUUCAUCCGACUCUACGUGCUACCAUGAACCAACUGGACACCAUAAGCCCGCGUUUCGAGCUCGCAAAAGACCAGUUACACAUCCUUUACAGUCCCGCGGACUUCUACAGUCUGCUCAAGGCUAAAAUCCGAUCCGCAGAGUCGCGCAUUUUCCUUUCAUCGCUAUACAUCGGCAAAGCCCAGCACGAACUUGUUCAAUGUCUCCAGAGUUCGCUGUCCCAAAAGCCAGAUUUGAGGGUGGAAAUUCUAAUGGACUGUCUCAGAUCAACAAGAGAGGCGCCAGGCGCAAGUCCUGCGUCUCUUCUAAGUCCGCUGGUCGAGCAAUUUGGUAAAGAAAGAGUCAACGUCCGCUUGUAUCACACGCCGCAACUCUCUGGACUCAAGAAAAUGCUCCUCCCUAAAAGAAUAAACGAAGGAUGGGGUUUGCAACAUAUGAAGAUCUGUGGGUUUGAUCAGGAAGUGAUACUCACUGGCGCAAACCUCUCGGAGGAUUACUUCACUAAUCGUCAGGAUCGCUACUAUUUAUUCAAAAGUGGGCCUCUCUCGGACUACUACCACAAUAUCCAAAAGGCCGUCAGCUCUUUCAGUUAUCAGUUGCUUCCUGCCCAAAAUAAACAAAAGUUUCUGUUGGACUGGCCCAGCACAAAUGUCACCACAGAUCCUCACAUCAAUGCUCGUCAGUUCAUCCAAGACUCCUCCGUUCUUAUGUCAUCGCUGUUGAAGCAAACCAGUUCCCAGGCCAAUGUUUUGUCAGACCCCGAAAUUUUAGUGUACCCAGUUUCGUCCUUCAAGCCGGUCAUGGAAGUGGAUGAGUCCACUGAACGGCCCGCCAUUCUGCAUUUGCUCCAACAACUGGACGACCCGGCCGUUAAUUGGACGUUCACAGCAGGCUAUUUCAACUGCCAUCCGGAAAUCAAGGAACGAUUCAUCAAGUCGCAUGCUAAAGGAACAGUCAUCACCGCAGCUCCAGAGGCUAAUUCAUUCUAUAAAUCAAAGGGCAUUUCGCAGUAUCUUCCAGAUGCUUACUUGUACAAAGCACAACUAUUCCUUCAACAGGUUCAACGCAAAGACACCGUAAAACUGCUAGAAUGGCAGAACGGAAUUGUGAAUACACCAAACGGCUGGUCCUAUCAUGCUAAAGGUUUGUGGUUAUCUCUACCCAACGAGGUGGAACCAAGCAUCACCAUUGUCGGUUCAUCCAACUAUACCAGAAGAGCAUACUCGCUCGAUUUGGAAACCAACGCUGUUGUCAUUACUAAAAAUCAGCAAGUCAAGCAAGAAAUGUUGAAAGAAGUCGAAAACUUGACGAGUCAUACAACCCAACUUACUGACCUCAGUCACAGACAGAUCAGUCCUGGUGUGAAACUUGCAACUACGAUUCUUAGCCAGAUGUUCCAACAUCUCCAAAACCUGCUCGGUUGUUUCCCAGUCAAUACAAGCGUCUGUAAUGGAGCAACCGUAUUUCAGUUUGUCUUUUCCUCCUUCCUCAAGAGGUGGCACGUCCUGUCUUCCCUCGCUAAUAUUACUCUCAAUCAUCAAACCACAAAUACUUCCGUUCCCGUUCUUGAGUUGUCUGGCGAUCUCGGCGGCAACCUUUGGCUGGUUGCGGUGGUCUUUGUUGGAAUUUCCGUGCGAGCAGUCGACCAUGAUACGGCUUUCACCCUGCUUAAGAAUACCAGCCUUGGUGAGGGCAGCUUCGGCCUCACCAACACUUUGUUCGUCGAAGUUGGUACCUUUCUUACCUCCACGCAAAAUCACGAAGGAGUCGGUGUUUCCCUCGGUACCAACGAUGGCAACCACACCUGGCUUGGUAACAGAAAGGAAGUGGUGAGGAUGUGCGGCAGCACGCAUGGCAUCGACAGCAACGCCCAACGAACCGUCGGUACCGUUCUUGAAACCGACUGGGAAGGACAGUCCGGACGCAAGCUCUCUGUGCAGUUGAGAUUCGGUGGUACGGGCGCCAAUAGCACCAACAGAGAACAAAUCGCUAAGGAACUGUGGAGAAAUGGUGUCCAACAUUUCACCGGCAAUCGGAAGCUUCUCAGUCAACUUGACGAACAACUCUCUGGAGAUUCUCAGACCCUUGUUGAUGUUGAAGGAUCCAUCGAUAUCUGGAUCGUUGAUCAGUCCUUUCCAACCAACAGUGGUACGAGGCUUCUCAAGGUAAGCUCUCAUGACAAUGUGCAGGUCUCCCUUGACCUUUUCUCUGAAGCUGGCCAGACGGUUACAGUAGUCCAGAGCAGCAGCAGGGUCGUGGAUCGAACAUGGUCCAAUCACAACCAACAAUCUGUCGUCUUUGCCACUCAGGAUAUUGCAGGCAUCUUCUCUGCCUUCCAAAAUGUUUUUCUCAGAUUUGGUGCUCAAUGGGAACUCGUGCUGAAGAAGAUCUGGAGGAGUCAGAGGGUUGUAACCUCUAAUUCUCCAGUCCUCCAAACGAGAUCUGUCGCCCACAUGGGGGUUUUCCAUGAACAUUUUGCUGUGGGUAGUAGUUGGCGCCUGGUUUGUUAG